AUGGCAGUGAACUUUCUAUCUAGUGCUCCGAAGCUAAAAGUCCGAGAAGACUGCAGCAACUGGGCUUUUACCGUUCGACACAUGCUAGUUCUGGACGAGUUGCAAGGUUGUUUAGAUGGCACGGAAACGGACACAGGAAAAGAUGGAAAAGCCUUGGCAAAAUUAAUUCUAAAGAUUGACCCAUCACUUUCUAUACAUGUAAAAGAAGCGAAGAAAGCAGAGGACUUGUGGACUCAGUUAGAACAUUUAUUCUCCGACAGCGGUUUCUGUCGGAGAAUUGGCUUGUUACGCGCUCUAACCUCGAUAAAACUCGUGAAUUGGCUACCAGAAAAAUACGCGUCAAUGAUUAUGGCGGUUGAAUAUUCUGGAAUGCAUCUCACGGUGGAUAGUAUCAAAACUAAAUUGCUUGAUAUGGAACCGGCCAAUGAAGCAGGGAAUGGCAAUGCCUUUGGUGCAGGUCGGAAUAAUAAACACAAUAACCGGAACAGUUAUUCUAGAGUUGGGAAUACUGGUGCGAAUAGCUCGAAUGCACAGAUGAGCGGAACUUGCAGUUAUACUAAUCCUAACCUACAAAAUGUCAGGUGUUACAAAUGUAAGCAAACUGGACAUUACAAAAACAAAUGCCCAAAUAAUAAAACUGAUAAAAAAGGGGCCUUCAAUGCGGCGUUUUUAAGUGGCGAAUUUAAUAACCAAGAUUGGUGUGUUUCUGGUUUGGCAACUAAUCUUUUGUCACUGAAUCUGUUAAUUCACAAGGGAAACCAAGUGGUUUUUGACAAUGGCGGUUGUAAAAUUUACAACAGUGAAAAUAUUUUGGUAGCUGUUGCAGACUUGAUAAACAGUGUAUAUAUUAUAAAUUGCGAAUCAACCGUGAGUUACAGUGUUUCUGGUCAUCAGCAACAGCUGCUAAUGGGGAAACAUGGCACAGGAGGUUUGGCCAUAUCAAUUAUAAGGAUCUUUAUAGGGUGUAUACCACAAGCUCCUUCUCAAGGUGAAACCAUCAAUUCUGCCAAAUACUGCAAUCUGCUUGAUCAAUUGAGAGCCGUCAUGGCAGAAAAACGGCUAGAAUUAUCGAACAGACGAGGCGUCGUUUUUCAUCACGACAACGUUUGCAAUAACAGUACCGAUGAAACGAUAUCAAGAGAGGUUCCCGUUUCUUCACAUCUUGGUUCAACGGUAGCUGCAAGAACGGCGGUUCCAUCUGAACCGAAUUAUCUAGAUCCUACACCAAUAAGAAAUAACAGUCGGGGAGGCGUAAGAUUAUCUAAUAAUCAACAUAAUGGAGUUGGAAGGUUAGGAAGUGUGGGAAGUAGCAAUGGUCCAAUGUCACCACAAGGAACGUUAAGUUCACCAUCGCCACCGCCAAUGCUACCACCACCGCCACCCGUACCCCAGCCCCUUCCGUCCUCACUGUACGUCAACGAAGAAGUUUUAGCAGUCAUAUCUAUGGAUACGGAGCACAAUAAUAACAAGAGUCAUCGGAGAACAAUGCAGAGGUCCUGUACGGUGAACAGUACAACCUCAGGCAGUGGAUUUGGUUUACUAGAUUGUGCAAUAUCGCAAUCCCAUCAAGAAUUCGUUCAUCAUCAAGCCAAACCACCCCCACUCUCAAUGGCGUCAUAUAUAAAUAUUGACAUCAGUAGUGAAGCCAGUCCAUUGUCACCCUCGCACAGCAUUUCAGAUUCAACGCUACCAAAAGAUGAAAAUAAUGAGACGGAUUGUGCAGACCACGCCUACAUGAACGUGAGUCCUGGUCAAGAGCAAAUAGAGAGCACCUGUGUUACACGUACCCGACCUCCACCUUUACCGCCAAUCCAGUCAGAUUGGGACGAUGGUUCUAGACAUUGUUAUGCCAAUCUAGAAUCUAGUGAAAUAGAAGGUCUGAAGAAAAGAUUCUCAGGAAUUUCGAUUGCAGAAAAAUCACCUUUACCACCCUCCACGCCACCGGCUGGUUCUUUGAAAGAAGUCAACUAUGCUGUAUUGGAUUUGGAUAAGGGAAAUUCCUUAUCGAUAGCGACUCCAGAGGGCACUUCAAACACAAUACCGUCCCCACCAGAUUCGCCGAACAAACCCGUUAAGGGAUAUGCUACCAUAGAUUUCAAUAAAACAGCGGCUCUUUCUCAUUCUGUAAAUCCUAAUCUUGUAAACGACAAUGAAGGUUCUAGAAAGACACGGCACAAUUCAACAAUUAAUGACCUAACAGCUUCUAGGCACAGUUCCUCUAUAAGUGAAUGA